GUAAUGACAAUAAUAGCAACGAUACUAACACCAUGUACAACAUGAGUUGAUUCAUGCACUCCAGUUCUGCUUCUACAAUUGAGAAAGAAGAUACAUAAAAAAUACCUGAAAUUGAUCAGUUAUCUUUUUUAAUAUGUUGCUGUUGUUAGCGUGCUGAUGUCUCUUAUUGUUCUUUACCUCCUUCGUGUUUCCUUCGGCUGCUUGGCAGUGUGGUCGUCUUACGAAGUGAAACUCAAGUUCUCCAUCUCCCGUUCCAACGUGGAGUUCUACACAGCGAGAGACAUCGCACACAAAUGGCUCAGAGAGAUUCUGCCACAAACCAUCUAUUUAAACAUGGUGUCUGUGAGUGAAGCGACCAGACAAGAAGUCCAGUGGGUAAAAAGAAAACAUGAAGACAUCUCGGUGUGGCGGUCGCUCCCUUACACAAGGUUCAACUGCCUGGUUCACGUCAGCGUCAUCCCCCGGUUGGAUGUGGCAGAUGUGCAAAGCAAGAUGCACUCCAACCUGAGUCAGGUCUACCUCGACCCCAGCGGGCAGCUGCAGCUGUGGACUGACAUGGACACGAUACACACCACGCCCGUUGAUAAUUUCUCUGUUGUCCCAACCGAUGUGGCCAAGGUCACAACCACCACAUUUAAACCCACAACGUCCAUCAUCGCCAAGAGCACCUCAUCAGGCGCCUCCACCCUGGCAACCAGCCUCACGACAAGCCCUGCAAAUAUCUCGGAGCUGUUUUUUGAGGUUACAGUGAAUGUUUCCAUAACGGGAGACUAUGACCCUUUGCAGAUUCUUUCCACCUGGCUCAACUCGAGUCUACCUGACGACAAGAUGAUGGUCCUUGACCUCCAGCUGUCAAACCUGUCUGACAGAGUGUUGGAGCGCAAGGUUUCCAGCAGAGAGAGCUGUGUUUUCCAGGUCCGGGUCAUGAUGUCGCUCUCAGACACACAGGAAAUGGAAGAGCAGAUACGAUCCCUGCUGCUGGUGCCUUAUAGCAACGGAUCGAUCUCCAUAGCAACUGAGGACAUCCAGAUAAGCCAAAUUUUGAUACUCAUGUGCAAUGCAGAAACCCGGCUGACGCGGAGGGGACUGUUUGAGUGGCCGCGUACUUCAGGAGGAACAAUGGCAAGCAGGCCGUGCCCCAAAAACCCUCAACGCAACGCCACUCGGCUCUGUAAACUGUGCCUCAGUACCAACUGGGUCGCUCCGGACCUGAAAGACUGUCACCGGGUGGUGGAGACCAUCCCUGAUCUGGAUCACAUCGAAGUCACUGCUGACAACGCACUGGACGUGGUGGUGAUGAUUGAGGCUUUACUGAGAGACCACUCCUCACUCAACUACCAGGAGCUGCUCACCAUCCUCAACAAGCUGCAGGACGUUGUAAAGCUCAGCAGGGUCACACCGAACCUGGGCCAAGCUCUGAUCGACACCCUCUCCGACAUCCUGGAAUCUGACAGCAACCUGCUGCCGUUUACCAACAUGAUCCUGAACAUAACCGAUGCUGUAGGAGACAUGAUGGUGGACUACAAGGACUCCUUCACUCUGAUUGCUCCUGCCAUCGCCAUGUCAGUGGUGGAUGUAGUGCCGGGACAGUUUAGCACUCUGACCUUCGGAGUGUCGUCCGACCGCGGCGGCACGAAGCCGGAGAUAUUCAUCAACAGGUCUCCCUUCAACGGCACGGUGGCUUUCAUCUUCCUGCCGUCGGCCCUGCAGCACAGCUUCCCGCAGGGCGGCUGUGGCCAAAGGGCCACGGCGCGGGUCAAGUUUCAGUUCUUCGGCAUCCCAACGCUCUUCAAGGACAGCCAAAAUGGGCGGAGCCUCAACACCUUCGUGGUGUCAGCCAGCGUGACCAACGCCAUUGCCCCGGUCAAGAACAUGGAUGAAGACGUCAAGGUCACGCUGCGCCAUCUCGUUCCCAAUACACUCCAAAAGGACGUGCAGUGUGUGUACUGGAACUUCAAUAAAAACAAAGGACUCGGAGGCUGGGACGAUUACGGCUGCAGGAUUGCAAACAGCAGCUCCGACUACACAACGUGCCUCUGUGAUCAUCUCACGCACUUUGGAGUUCUUCUGGAUGUCUCCAGGACUCCGUUGGACGCGGCCAACGAGCAGAUCCUGACCAUCAUCACCUACGCCGGCUGUGGCGUCUCGUCGCUGUUCUUGGGAAUCACCGUUCUCACGUACACGGCCUUCGAAAAGCUCCGUCGAGACUACCCCUCUCAGAUCCUCAUCAACCUCUCCCUGGCGCUGCUGGGCCUGAACUUGGUGUUUCUGGUCAACUCGUGGCUGUCCUCCUGGGGCGUCUAUGGCCUGUGUGUGGCCGUGGCCACCGUGCUGCACUACUUCCUGCUGGCGUCCUUCACCUGGAUGGGGUUGGAGGCCGUCAACAUGUACUUUGCACUCGUCAAAGUCUUCAACGUCUACGUGCCCUCCUACAUCCUCAAGUUCUGCGCUCUGGGAUGGGGGAUUCCUCUGGUGAUCUGCGUCCUGGUGCUCAUCGUGGACAGAGAGGCGUACGGCAGCCACCUCUACACGGACGCUUCGACUGGCUUGGCGCCGUUGGGCGACUCUGACAGCUUCUGUUGGAUUCAGGACAAUGUGACGUUCUACGUGUCUGUCGUGGCCUAUGCGCUGCUGGUCUUUCUCUUCAACAUUGCGGUUUUUGUGGUCGUGCUGAUCCAGAUUCGCCACAUGCGAGCCAACAGCCCGGCUGGGACCCGCAGGGGACUCGUGCACGACCUGAAGGGCGUCGCCAGCCUCACGCUGUUACUCGGACUGACGUGGACACUUGGCUUCUUCACCUGGGGACCAGGCAGAGUAGUUCUGCUGUACCUUUUCGCUGGACUCAACACCUUGCAAGGACUUUUCAUCUUCCUCUUCCACUGUCUGAUGAAGGAAAAUGUCCGCAAACAGUGGAGAAUUCACCUCUGCUUUGGACGUUUCCGACUUGAUGAGUACUCUGAAUGGAGCAAUUCUGCAUCAAUUGGAGGAAUAACCAGACCCAAAUCCAACCCUACAAGAGCAUUAGUACCAUCGGCCUGCUCAGUCAAGUCCAGCUCCACAGACAGCACAUCAGCUUCCUCCGACUCCAGCCAGAGAAACUCAUCCUGCAAGAGACCAAACUUGGGCCUUUUUGUGAAUUCCCUGGCUCUCCCUCGUGCCCAAAGAAGCACGCUGGGUCCAGAAGCUCUGCCCUCCCACGGGGAGAUGAACCGCACACCUGGCUGGAGGAAUCACGUCCAGCAGGAACCAAGAUAAAAGACACAGGACCAGACAUAUGCAGACAUGCAAAUCCUAGAAACUAUCCUGUCUCAAUGUGGCUGCAUUGACGUAUAUUGUACUUGAAUAAAGA